UCUGCUUUAGAAACAAAAGGGGAUAGGCAAAGGGAACACUCGGGAGAAAGCUUGCCACUACUUUCCUGCUUCCCCUCCCUCUCUUUUCUUCCUCCUCCUGAACACAUUACACCACAUUUCAGUUGCUCUCUACCAUUUAACUUGGCAAGAGCCUGAAGAUCUGCAAGAAAAUUGGACUUGUCUCCUCAACCAUGAGCCUCUUGUUGUUUGACUCAAUUUGCAUUUUUCUGAUUUCCCAAGCAUUUGUGUCAUGGAGCAUACAAGAAUUACACAUCAGGCAGGAAAUGGUGGAGAAAAUUUCAGCAGCUGGCCAGUUAAUGAACUGCUCUGCCCCAGUGGAUAUCUUGUUUAUGUUAGAUGGAUCCUAUAGUAUUGGUAAAGGAAGCUUUGAAAAGUCAAAGUACUUAGCAAUGAAGCUUUGCAAUGCCUUGGACAUCAGUCCAGAGAAGGUCAGAGUGGGAGCCAUGCAAUUCAGCAGUACUCCUCACUUAGAAUUUCCACUGGAUGUGUAUUUCACCAAACAGGAGAUAAAAGACAGACUCAAGAGGAUUAUAUUCAAAGGUGGGAGAACAGAAACAAGUCUUGCUUUGAAGUUUAUUCUUCACAAAGGAUUCCUUGGGGGCAGGAACUUGUCAGUGCCCCAAAUCCUCAUCGUCCUGACUGAUGGGAGAUCUCAGGGCAGUGUGGCAAUAACAGCAAAGCAGCUAAAAGAAAAGGGGAUUGUUGUCUUUGCAGUGGGAAUCAGCUUCCCAAGAUGGGAAGAAUUACACACACUAGCCAGUGAGCCAACAGACUGGCAUGUGCUCUUUGCUGAAGACUCUGAAGAUGCUGCCAAUGGCCUCUAUACCACCCUUACUGGCUCCACAAUUUGCAGUGCUGCAUUUCCAGGUUGCAGAGUUGAAUCUCACUCUUGCGAGCGCAAAACACUUGAAAGAGAAAAGGUGUUGACUGGAAACCAUUUCUGCUGGAAGGGAUCAACGAAUGGUAAUACUGUGCAAACAGCACUCUGCCCUUUUUACAAAUGGAGGAAUAUUUUCAUUAAGUAUCCGUCUAGAUGUUAUCGUACCAUGUGCCCAGAUCCUUGUGGUUCCCACCCUUGCCAGAAUGGAGGUACAUGCAUUCAACAAGGGUUAGAAGGCUACCAAUGUGAUUGCCCAAUAGGAUUUGGAGGAGAUGCCAAUUGUGCCCCCAAGCUGAAUCUAGAAUGUAGUGUGGAUCUUCUUUUUCUGGUGGACAGUUCAUCCAGCACAACCCUUGAAGGGUUCCUGCGCUAUAAAGCUUUCCUGAAAAGGUUUCUCCAAGCAGUGUGGAGUAAAGAGAUUCCAGGAAAUGUGGGUGUGGCCCAGUACAGCAGUGAAGUCAAGGUGGCUGUCAAAGCUGGGAAACUCGCAGAUUUGCCCAAUCUGGUGAAGGACAUUGAUUCCAUGCAAUUCAGUGGAGGGAGCACCUUAACUGGCAAGGCUUUACGGUAUAUCACGCAACAUGGCUUUAGGAGCUCGCCCAUCUUCACUGUUGUUCCCAAUGACCUCCCACAUGUGGUUGUUUUGCUCACAGAUUCAAAUGCUCAAGAUUCAGUGGUGGAGGCAGCUAAGUAUGCCAGAGGGCAAAUGAUUUCUCUCAUUGGAAUUGGCAGUGAAUUUUUGAGAGCAGAGCUAGCUGAAGUAACAGGGAAUCCCAAAUGGACAAUUGUCUACUCAGCUCCACAAGAUCUGUUCAACAAGAUUCCUGAUCUCCAGAAAAAAAUCUGCAGCAUAGAUAGUCAAGGUUGCUCAUCUCAGUCCCUGGAUUUGGUGUUCACUUUAGAUUCCUCAGCAUCUGUUGGAAGAGAAAACUUUGUACAGCUGAAAAAUGUUGUGAGUAGCCUCUCGCUCCAGUUUGAUAUCAAUCGGGAUCUGACACAGGUAGGCCUUGUUGUCUAUGGCAAAAGGCCCCAUACCACAUUUAGCCUGGGCAAACACAUUACUAAUUCAGCUCUCUUUGAAGCCAUCAACCAAGCCCCCUUUGUGGGUGGCUCUGCCUCUGUGGGCAGCUCUUUGCUGCAUAUCUCUGAUGAUGUCAUGACCAUCCAAAAAGGAGCGAGGCCUGGCGUGAAGAAGAUCGUGGCAUUGAUCUCAAGUGGGGCUGGAGCGGAAGAUGCCAUAGUCGCAGCCCAGCAACUACGUAACAAAGACAUAUCACUGCUUGUCAUUGGGGUGGGACAUGUCCAAGCAAGCUUGUUGCUGAGGAUUGCAGGUUCUCACAAUAAUCUGCUACAGAUUCCUUCUUAUGAAGAUCUAAUCAAGAACAAAGACAUUAUUAUUGAAAAACUAUGUGAUGAAGCCAAGAGUCCAGCGAGCCCCUGCAAUCCCAACCCCUGCAUGAAUGGUGGCAUCUGCAUUCCUGGAAACAGCAGCUAUCAAUGUCAGUGCCAAAGCUCAGAAGGACCUCACUGUGAAAAGAGAAUUCAGAGAGGUGACGCUUCUCAAACAUGGAUGCGUUCAAGAAGACUCCAUGCUCAUCAAAACAGUCAUGCAGGCGUGAGGUAUACAAAACUCACUGACAUUCAAAAAGGCACAUACAACAGACUCACUGAGGAGGUCAGAAAAUGACUUGUUCCUUCAGCUUCUGAAAGCAUUGGUAUGAAGGCACUAAGAACUAGGCAAUCCUUACAGGAAAUAAUGCUGAUUCAAAGCACAAGAAGUUUGCACAAAAUCACUUCUGGUACACCAGAUGAGAUUUGCAAUAGUUUGCAUUUUUUAUGUUAAAUAUUUAUUACUGAUAUAUGGACCCUUUCAGGAUAGGAUAAGCAUCACUUCUGGACAUUGAGUUUUAUAGAUCUGGUUAUUUUAUUUUUCAAAUUGGAUUGCAAAUUUUAGACAAGGGACUUUAACCAAACCAUCAAAAUUAAUACAUAUUACAAAGAAUUUAUAUAGCAUGUUUUGUAUUCAAAGUGGUUCAGAUACAGUGCGAGACUAUGGUUUAGAAUUCAGUUUGCAGACAAAUUAAAAUAAAUAAAUUAAAUGCAGGUUUAUUUCAACGAAUGCUAGUCUUAUCACCUUGACUUUCUCCUGCCACCCAUGCAGAGAUCUGGCUGCUAUCCUGGCCUGCAUUGCAGUGAGGGUAGUAUUAAAGAACAAGAACAAAGAUGUCCACAUUUGUAUGUCUCACAAAACUAUAGCUAGGAGUAACUGUGAUUAACAAACCAACUUCAAACCAUGGUUUCACAUCCUGGAUAGGAUGACCAUAAAAAUGACCAUAGUUAUCAGAGAGUUGCCUUUGGGCAGUUACACUAUUAUUUUAACUAAAGUUGGACAGAGGACAGUGAUCCCUGUUGAUAUUGUUAGUGCUCUCAGCAGGCUUUAUUAUAAUAACAACAACAACAUUCGAUUUCUAUACCAUCCUUCAGGACAACUUAACACCCACUCAGAGCAGUUUACAAAGUACAUUAUUAUUAUCCCCACAACAACAAACACCCUGUGAGGUGGGUGGGGCUGAGAAAGCUCCUAGAAGCUGUGACUGAGCCAAGGUCACCCAGCUGGCUUCAAGUGGAGGAGUGGAGAAUCAAACCCGGUUCUCCAGAUUAGAGUCCUGCACUCUUAGCCACUACACCAAACUGACUGCUAUCCUGGCCUGCAUUGCAGUGAGGGUAGUGUUGGGGAACAAGAACGUCCACAUUUGUAUGUCUUACAAAACUGUAGUUAGGCGUAACUAUGAUUGACAAACCAAAUUCAAACCAUGGUUUCACAUCCUGGAUAGAGAUACUCUGUAUCUCUAUCUGAUACCCUGUAUCGGAAAGUUGAUACAGUUGACUUCAUCCUUAUUCAUCAGUUGAAAUAUGGGGUGGUUUUCGAGGAGAGGGUCUUUGAUAGCUUUAGUUUUUCUUGUCUGAUCAGACAUAAAGAGUUUCCACCAGUGGAGCUUUAAAAUCAAUAGAUUUGGAUCUGUCUUGUGGAGUGCCUCAGGGUUCCAUUGUUCUUCAACAUUUACAUGAGGCCACAAUGACAGAGUAUGGUGCUUGGGGGUUAAUGUUAUCGAUAUACAGAUGACACUUAGCUCUGCAUCUCACUAUCCAAGCUUCCUGAUGUAUCUGUCUCAGCUCUGUCUUUCAAGCUGUGCUAAAGUGGCUAAGGCAAAACAGGUAGCAGCUGAAUCCAGACAAGACAGAAGUGAUACUAGCUGGGAAAGGUGAUGGUUUAUAGGGACUGUAUCCCUUUGUGGUGGAUGGAGUAGAGUUGGCAUUUGCAAAGCAGGUUAAGAGCCUGGCGGUGCUCAUGGGCCCAGUCUUGCUGUUUGAAAAGUAAGUUGAUAUAGUGGAUAAGAGUGCCUUCUGUGAGCUGCGCUUGGGUCUCAGCUGGUCAGAGCCUUUCAGCUGCUCUGCCAUACUGAUCCAUGCUUUGGUAACCUUGCAGUAAGGUUACUGUAAUGUGUUCUACACUGGGUUGUCCAUGAUAACAAACCAGAACAGCUGCUGUAUCAGAAUGCUGCAGCUCGAUUAUUAUCAGGGGCUAACCUAUGGGAAAAUAUCUUGCCCAUCUUAAAUCAGCUAUAUUGGCAGCCAUUUUGUUUCUGGGUCCAGUUCAAGGUGCUUUUUAUUAUGGCCUUUAAAGCCAUUCAUAGCCUUGGGCCCCUAUAUUUAAAGGAUUCUCUCUUCCUGUGUGUCCCUGUGCACCAACUACAAUCCCCAGGUUGCCACUUACUGUUUGCUCUCCUGCUUAAGGUAGCCUGCCUGGCAUUUACCAACGCCCUCGCUUUUUCUAUCAUAGUUCUAUGGGCUCCCUGAGGAGGUUAAGGGGCACCAUCUCUAGAUGCUUUUAGGAGGUGCUGCAGGGCCGUUCUAUUAACUAGAGUUUUUUAUGAUAUGUAAGCAGCAAGCAUUUGGGAGGGAGGUUUGUUUGGGGUGUGUUGUACUUCACAUGUUUUAAAUUUGAAUUUGUAAGCUGUCUUGAACCACAAAGAAAAAACGAGAUAUAAAUAUUUUAAUUAAUCUACCAUGGCUUUGUUUGAUGUCUGAAUUGAGCUAUUUUGAGGUAAUUCUUACAACAGUCCUGUAAGGUAUGCCGGUAUUAUUAUCCCCAUAUUAAAGAUGUAGGGCUUAAUGGUGAGAGAGGCUUAACUAAGGCCACUUAGUCAAUACAUGGCAGAGGGCCAAAUUUGGACUAGCAACCUACUGGAUCAUAUUCCAUCCUUCUAGCCACUAUACUAUGCAAAUUAUUCUCUGUGUGAUGCCAGCUACUAACGAAGGUUGCAUUUACACAUUAUAUUUUUGUCAGGGUCUCUGUGCAGCCCCUUAUAUUGGAUCUGUGCCUGUGCAGAUUUAGUUUAGCCUGGCUCUGAUGUUCGCCUCUUCCCUCUCCAAAGAGAAAGUGCUGAUGUCACCUCACAUUCAGGAGAGGAAUGGUGGCUCAAUAUUUAGAAAGUUUUGAAAUUAGAUCUGCAUAUCCUAUAUGAAUGAGUUCAUAGAUAAUCUGAUAAAUAUCAGUUACAAGUAAACAGCCUGUCUAUCCUGAUCAGCUGACUGCUUGCAGGUAUAAGGAUUCCGGUGUUCAUCAUGUUUACACACAUACAAGUGCUUCCCCUUACUUGUCCAUGGAAGAAAUAACACCUGAUAUGCAUAUAUUAUGCUUUUCUGCCUCUGAAACAAAUGGGAAAAGCUUCUUUUGCAGUACCUCGAUGUGCAUGUAGAAAGAGCUCAAGAGACCGAAUAUGUGAACUGUCAAACAUGUAGGAUCAGACUUGCAGCCAGACCUGUGAAACUUCAUUCUUAUUCUAAAUGCCUAAUUUUCACAAGCCAUAUGUGUUUAGAACCCUUCCCUUUUCUAUGAUAUGCCUUGUGUUCAAAAUGCAGCAAACAGGAUGAUUGACCACCAUAACAGUCAGGUCUGAAUGGACAUACUGCAGACUAAUACAAACUAUUCUGGCCGUUCUAAUCUUAUUUUCAUCCUACUAUAUAAAAGUCAAGCCGAACUGGCGAUGACUCACUUUUUAACCCCACACAGGCACACUCGCAAGCCCCUCAACAGGGAUAAAAAAUGAGCUGUUGGCAUCACGGUUUGCCUUCCCACCACCAUGGCAGCCUCUUUGUGGCCUCCAGAGGCCUAGAAAGGCACAGCACGGCAGCAGGAAGGCCCAGCGUGGUGGCUCAGCCCUCUGGAGGCCUGGGAAGUCCCAUGGUGGCGGCACGGCCCUCUGGAGGUAGUUUUCUAGAGCUAGUCCUUUGUUGCUAGUCCUUUAUAAAGAUCUUCUUUAGACAUUGUAAGCAACCAAGAAUUUGUUCAUGAGCAUGACCAAGCCCGAAAUCCUCUGCCUCAGGCGCCUCCUCCUCCCUUGGUCCUUCACAUCUUGCACCCAGUUUAAAAACUUUCUUGUCUAGGAAGUCUUCUUGUCAAUUGUCCUGAGAAUUUUGUGGAGCCUUGAAUAUAAAAGUGAGUUGCAUGCAUUUGGUCCUGGGCAAAUUAUCAAAUUAAUAAGGUUCUCAGGUAAAAAAGCAAUAUCAUGGUUAAUGUUCACUCACCCCGCCACUCUCCAUAUUUGGAGAUGAUCUGUGUUGUAAGUUUCUUAUUGGACUUCUGUUCCCGUCUUUGUUUUCUAUUGGUUCUCUGUUCCCACUCUUGUUGCCUAUGUAAAUAAAAGGCUGUGUUGCAGUUUGCUCCUUGAUUCUUUGGUUGAAGACUCCUAGAACCCAUGCAUGUUAAAAAACAA